AUGGAGGUGGCCCCAUUUGACGGGGGGUACGACGACUCCACCCUGUCUUGGGCACAAUUGAUAGGAGUCGGCGUAUGCUUGCUCUUCUGCAGCGGCGUCGGGGCCACAGCGAUGUGGUGCCUCAUGGCUUGCUGGGCGCGGUGGCACACCAAGAGGCAGGAUUUGGCGCCCAAGAUGAAGGAGGUUUGCAAAGAAGGAGACUCCUUACCGCCUUAUAUCCCCCCAUUAGUGAGGGAUCAGGGCUCGCAGACAGACCAGGUGAGUUGCUCCAGCUCCUCCCCAAGGCCACGACAACUGGAAACUCCCAGGAAAGCCGUCAGGAAGGACAUCCUGCUGGAUAUGGCCCGCAGAGCCCAGCCGGUAAUCCAGGAGGUCGAGGCCAGGAAGAACUGGUCGGUCCAGAAGGUCCUCAAGCUGGCGAGGUCGGUGAAAGGGUCGGGCAGUGUACUGCCGCUGAGCAAGGAGACGGUGGAAGCUGUGGCCGCGGCACUCAGGGAGUCAGGUAUGAAGUCGGGUACGCAGUACCUGGUCGAACUCAGACUUAUGCACAUCGAGGCUGGCUACGAAGUGGAGGCCUGGUUGAAGAGGACCUUCGAUCUUUGUAAGAAGGCCUUGGACAGGCUCAAGGGCCCACCCAUUCGAGCCGCUGAGGUCAAAAUUGCGGACUGGGAUGGAGAAGCGCUGCAAGCCAGAGCGGUGGGAAAGGGUCUCCCGGAAACACCUCGGCUAGCGUUUGCAUGGGCUGCUAUCUGGAUGUUGAGGGAGAUAGAGAUGCGCAAGAUGAAGCUUCAGGACAUCACCUUUCCCGGGGAGAACCGAUGGAUCACAAUUUGGCUGCCAACGUCAAAGUGCGACCAGGAGGGACGGGGAGUUAGACGGACGUUGAGGUGCUGUGGCAAGACUCCCUGUACCCCUUUGUGCCCGUGGGCGUUGGGCUGGAAAAUCGUGGAGAUCGCAAGAGCUAAAGGAGCUCUCCCGGGUUCAGCUUUGUUUGCGUCCUGGAACAACCUGAAGGAGACGUCCAAAGCAGGCAACAUCAAAGCAUGGAAGGCCCACUUGGGCGAACAGGUUUCAGGGCAUAGUCCGAGAAGGUCGGGAGCCAUGUAUUACGUCAGGGCGGGUCUACCAAUCCAGGAGUUAGCCUUCUUGGGCAGGUGGAAGUCAAAUGUGGUGCUUCAAUAUGCGGAAGAGGCACUGCAAGAGAAAGCCAUCCUCGUGCCCAGCUUCCAUGGCUCUGAGCCCGGUGACUCCGAGGACAAGAUGAAGGACCUCCCUGAUCCAAGUCAAGUUAUGAACAUGGCAGCACCAGCCACUCCGGCCCUUACGGCAAUGAUCCCAAGACCGGCCCAGAACGAGACAAUCCCAGGCUUGCUCAACUGA